GCUCAGGCCAGCUUUCGCCAACGACAGCGGCACCAUUAAGCUGGCGAAUUGCCAUUGCGGUUACAUUGGAAAUAGUAUCUGAGCCGCUGGACGUCUCAGUAACCCAUUCACUCGUUAUUCUCACAGCGCAAUCGCAGCUGCAGUCAUGGGUCCAAGACCGGAGGUGAUCCGAGCAGAUACCCUCGACCUCCAAGACCGUCGACACCCAAGCGCAUCCGCCGCAUCCUCCCGCCGUCCCCCAGAUUUCGGCGACAGUUCUUACCAACCCCACCAACAAUCCGCUCUCAGCGACUUCGCCCGCUCAACCCCCUCUCCCUCCCAUGGACAUAAUGUCACCACCGCUUUUGACGACGAUGACAACGACAACGAUGACAGCGACGACGCUGGCGCCCUCUCCUCCUCGCCCUCCAUCCCCGACUCCGACAUCGACUUCGACUACAUGUACGCCCUCCACACCUUCCUCCCUACCGUCGAAGGGCAAGCACAUUCCCAGAAAGGCGAUGUUCUCGUUUUACUGGAUGACUCGAACUCGUAUUGGUGGUUGGUUAGGGUCGUGAGGGAUGGGAGUGUGGGGUAUUUACCGGCUGAGCAUGUCGAGACACCCGGAGAGCGGUUGGCGAGGUUGAAUAAGUAUCGUAACGUCGAUGUGGGGAAGGGGAGGCUGGAGGAUCAUCCGAUAACUACAGGGGCGAAGGGUCCGUUUAGAAGUUUUUCGAGGAAGGUUCGAAGGGCGACGAGUGGGAAGAAGUCACGGAAGGUUGAGUUUGGGCCGGUGAAGUAUGUGCAGCAUCCGGGAUGGAAUUCGGAGUGGGGUGAGCCGAGUUCAGAUGAGGAAUCGGAGGAUGAGGAUCAGAUAGCUGAGGAGCAGGUGAGGGAACAGAUGCAGACCGUAACGGAUACUGUGAAGGCGACACCAAUAAACGGCGCCGAACCACCGCGGACAUCGACCCUCUUCCGAGAUGUCGACACUGCAGAGACGCAACUGGAGACUGUCAAACUCUCACUUACGCCAAAAAUUGCGUCUGAUUCCACUAUUUUUGGAAACAGUCCUGGUGAGGUGCGAGAAGGAGAGGGGUACGGAGAGCCGGCACGGAAGAGGAGUAAUUCCAGUUCGUUAAGAUCUGAGUUUGACGGUGAAAAGAAGGACAAGGACGAGAAGAAGGGCGUGUUUGGAGGGUUGUUUAAGAAGAGGAGUGGGGGUAGGAAGGGACCUGGAUCUGGGUUGAGGGAGGGUACACCUGAUAACGACGAGGGGGAAACUGCAGAGGUGAGGGAGUCUAGGGAGGUGAUGGGAGACCUGGAGCGUGGAGUGACGAGAACAGUGCAGGCGGUGAAUACGGAAGGGGCGGUGGAUAACCCGCGGUUCGGAGACAGACCGGUGCAGAUGCGACUAUACUCCCACGCACCAACCCUCAACGAACCGGCCUACGACCCUCCCGCACCACACCAAUCUCAACAUCAACACCCACUCGCCCCACCCCGCGACCCAACCCCACCACCCAGCGCCCACGGCCAAUUCUCUCCCGUUUUGAAAAGCAAUAGACUCUCAAGAACGGUCUCACCGCCGCCUCCACCCAAGAUUCGAUGGACAGAUGAGUUUGUGAGGAAGUGGUUUGAGGAUGAUGCGGAGUUUGUGGAGUUGGUUACGAUUGUAAAUGGAUCGGCGCGGCUCUCUUCCACCAACACCCCAACUCCUGCUCUGUCUAGAAUAGAAAGGGAGCUUAAGGAGGAGCUGGGAGAGGUGUGGAAGCCGGUUGAAGAUAGACUGGGGAAGAUUCAAAGCGAGUUGGAUAAGAUACUGGAGAGUGUUUUACCGGGGGCUUGGGAGGGGAGGGUGUUGCCGACGCCGGCGGUGGGUGCGAAGACGGAGAAAAGGGCGGAGGUUGCCUGAAGUGGUGGUGCGUGAUGUGAGGAACCAUUUCAUAUGUGGAGGAAGGAAAACACAGCCACUCCGCUGGACGAAGUGUGCGGUAGAACAAUAUCUAUGGAGUUUUGUUGGCUUUGGAUUGAGCAUCAAUAAGCUUAAGCGGGACGC